GCAGCUUUUGGAGUACCAAGCAGAAUGCCAUCUAGACAUUGUCGAAGAGCUUUCACUUCCCUCGAGGUGGUUUUGAUAGUGGUGUUUACACUGAUGACUGCAGUGAUAACGGGGCUGUUCGCUGUUCUGGCACUGGAGCAGAAAGCUGUCCAAGAUGUCCAGUAUAACCCAGAAAAACCCCAAACUCGCUAUUGGAUUGGUGUUGGAAGAGGAGAUUGUACUGGACCAGCUGCUGAUUUGCCGCUGAUGGGAUAUGCUAAUCCUAAUCAAGUAGCUGGAGGACUUCACAUGAGACUCUUUAGCCGAGCCUUCAUUGUGUCCGAUGGCUCCAAGCGAGUCGUUUUCGUAAGUGUGGAUAUUGGGAUGGUGUCACAGCGACUCCGUCUUGAGGUUCUGAAUAAAUUGCAAAUGAAAUACGGCCACCUUUAUAGUCAAGAUAAUGUAGUGCUGAGUGGCACUCAUACACACUCGGGACCUGCGGGGUACUUCCAGUAUACUCUGUUUAUGCUGACCAGUAAAGGCUAUCUGAAGGAGUCCAUCACAGCCAUUGUCAAUGGGAUUGUGGAGAGCAUUGAUCGUGCUCAUGAUAAUAUGAAAGAAGGUAGAAUUUUCAUUAACAAAGGAAGAGAAGAAACUAGCAGUUUAAACAGAAGUCCUCAUGCUUACCUGAAUAACCCAGCAGAGGAAAGAAAGAGGUAUACAUCUAACACAGACAAAGAUCUUAUUGUGCUAAGGUUUACUGAUAUGGAUGGCGAUGGCAUUGCAGCACUAAGUUGGUUUGCAGUUCAUCCUGUCAGCAUGAACAACACCAACCUUAUGAUAAGCAGUGAUAACAUGGGUUACGCAUCUUAUCUCUUUGAAGAAGAGAAGAAUACCGGCUCACUUCCUGGGGAGGGACCAUUUGUUGCUGCAUUUUCAUCUUCAAAUUUGGGUGAUGCUUCGCCUAAUACCAAGGGGCCUCAUUGCAUCAACACUGGAGAGUCAUGUGACUCACUCGACAGCUCAUGCCCAGUAGGCGGGCCAAAUAUGUGCAUGGCGAUGGGUCCUGGACUGGACAUGUUUGAAAGUACAAAGAUCAUUGGAGAAAACAUUUACAAGAAAGCCAAGGAAAUAUACAGAACAGCAAAGCAUGAAGUAAGUGGACCCAUCCAUUUUGCUCACCAGUGGGUCAACAUGACCGAUGUAACAGUCCAGGUCAAUUCUACUCACACAGCUAAAACCUGUAAACCAGCUCUAGGCUACAGUUUUGCAGCUGGCACUAUUGAUGGAGUUGGUGGCCUGAAUUUUUCACAAGGUUCUUUAGAGGGGGACCCAUUCUGGGAUGGUAUCAGAGAUGCAUUGUUAGGAGUCCCUUCAAAUGAAACUAAGGACUGUCACAGUCCAAAACCCAUCCUUCUAAAUACAGGAGAGAUGAAUCAGCCCUUGCCCUGGCACCCAGCUAUUGUCGACGUCCAGAUAAUCACCAUAGGGUCUUUAGCAGUAGUGGCUGUUCCUGGAGAAUUUACAACCAUGUCAGGAAGAAGAUUAAGAGAAGCUGUCAAAAAAGAAUUGGAAUCCAAUGGCAAUAUGGAGCAUAUGGAAGUAGUGCUUGCUGGAUUAUGUAAUGUCUAUACACAUUACAUCUCCACCUAUGAAGAGUAUCAGGUACAGAGAUAUGAGGGGGCAUCAACAAUAUAUGGACCCCACACACUUUCUGCUUAUAUUCAGCUCUUCAGAGGCCUGGCCAGAGCAAUUGCUACUAACACAGUUAAUCACUUGCCCAAAGGGCCACAGCCUCCAUUCUUUUGUGACAAACAGCUGUUCACCCUGAUGUUUAGUAACCAGCCUGAUAAGAAACCCACUAACACUUCUUUUGGAGAUGUUCUAAUGCAAGUGCGGCCAUCGUACAGAGUGGGAGAAGUGGCCGAUGUGACGUUUGUCAGUGGCAACCCCAGAAAUUCUGUAACAAGAAUGAAAACAUUCCUUACAAUUGAGAAGUAUGAUAAUGCAACAGACAAAUGGGAGGUAGUUCACAAUGAUGCAUCAUGGGAAACAAGAUUUCACUGGAAAAAAGAGAAAGUGGGCAGAAGCAACGCUACCAUUGAGUGGCACAUUCCACAUUCCACUCUGCCUGGCAUUUACAAAAUACGACACUUCGGCCAUUACAAAGAGCUUGUGGCUCUAAAACCUGUUGUUAAACCUUAUGAGGGAUCAUCUGAUAUAUUUAAGGUUGACAAAUGAAAACAUUUCUUUUUUCUGCUGCUGAGCAGUCCUAUUCCUUUGGUUCAGUAUUCAACAUGGACAUUUUCGAAAUCUCUGCUGGCUGGCAAGUCACUGGACUUCCUUACACCUGACAAUAACCAUUUUCUAUGAUGUGAUAGCAAUCAGAUAGCACUUGACCACAGUAAAAACCAGCAGUACAUGUACUUGUGAUCAGAUCAUUCAGAUCACAUUUGAAGGUGGUCAAAAAUGGAGAGCGGAUCUUUAUCCAGACACUGAUGCAGACACUGGAGACACAUAUCCAGCUGAAUAAUAUCCACUUUAUGUUAAUGGCAGAUAUGAAAAGUUUCAUUGUGGAUAGUUUAAGAAAAAUAAAUCCAUUACAAUUGGUUUUAGUGCAAAUGAUGUGCAUGAGAUUGAUGUACAGGCUCUUCACAUGUAGAGUACCUGAGUGAGACAUUUUAGUUUAGUUUAUGUUGGUAUAGCGCCCUUCACUAAGCGUCAUUUCCAUGUAGGCUACAGCGGGCAGACAGUAACCCUUCUGUCUUCUGUCUUUACGCCUGUGCCAAAUAAAUGACUUAAUUGUUAUAUGAGCAAUGUUCAUAACUAACCCUGGUGUGAGAUUUUAUAGGAAAAUCCUGUUAAGGAUAUGACACAUUUGUUAUUUAGUCAAGAAUGUACUAAUUACUGCUUUAUUAAAUUACACCUCAAAGUACAAA